AUGCAAGACUCCAUUGUGUUGGCAACAGGAUUGGGAGUCAAUGGUCUUGGGCCAAAAUUCUUGCAGCAAACCACUGAGAAAGUGAAGGUGAUACAGGACCACAUGCGUGCGACUCGGAGUCGACAAAAGUCUUAUGCAAAUAAGAGGAGGAGGCCACUUGUGUUUGGGGUGGGUGAUCAUGUAUUCCUUAGGGUUACCCCGACAACAGGUAUUAGGAGAGCUCUCAAGUCGAGGAAGUUGACUCCUAGAUUCAUUGGGCCAUACCAGAUUACAAGGAGGAUUGGACCAGUAGCAUUUGAGAUUGCCUUGCCACCUCACCUGGCAAAUCUGCACAACGUCUUCUAUGUAUCACAGCUGAGGAAGUAUGUGGCAGACCCUACUCAUGUAUUGGAGCAGGAUGAUGUCCAGGUGCGGGAGGAUUUGACUGUGGGAGUUGGACUUGUGAGAAUUAUGGGGUCUCAAGUCAAGCAACUCAGAGGGAAGGAGAUUCAGACUGUGAAGGCUCUCUAG